CUCCCUCCGGGCCCGGCGCCCACCGCAGCGCGGACGGGACCUACGAGGUGUCGCUCUACACCAACGCGGUGGUGCAGGCCAACGGUAGCAUCAUGUGGCUGCCGCCCGCCAUCUGCAAGAGCGCCUGCAAGAUCGAGGUGAAGCACUUCCCCUUCGACCAGCAGAACUGCAGCCUCAAGUUCCGCUCCUGGACCUACGACCACACGGAGAUCGACAUGGUGCUCAUGACGCCCACCGCCAACAAGGACGACUUCACCCCCAGCGGCGAGUGGGACAUCCUGGCGCUGCCGGGGCGCCGGACGGUGAACCCGCGGGACCCCCGCUACGUGGACGUGACCUACGACUUCAUCAUCCGCCGCAAGCCGCUCUUCUACACCAUCAACAUCAUCGUCCCCUGCGUGCUCAUCACCUCGCUGGCCAUCCUGGUCUUCUACCUGCCGUCCGACUGCGGGGAGAAGAUGACCCUGUGCAUCUCCGUGCUGCUGGCGCUCACCGUCUUCCUGCUGCUCAUCUCCAAGAUCGUGCCGCCCACCUCCCUGGACGUGCCCCUGGUGGGCAAGUACCUCAUGUUCACCAUGGUGCUCGUCACCUUCUCCAUCGUCACCAGCGUCUGCGUGCUCAACGUGCACCACCGCUCGCCCAGCACCCACACCAUGGCGCCCUGGGUGCAGCGCUGCUUCCUGCACCAGCUGCCCGCCUUCCUCCGGGCGGCGUCGGGGAGGUUCCCGCGGGACGUGCAGGAGGCGCUGGAGGGCGUCAGCUUCAUCGCCCGGCACAUGAGGAGCGACGACAAGGACCAGAGCGUAAGUGGAUGGAGCUCGGAUCAUUCUCCCCGGGUGUCCCCGGUCCCCACGGGUCUCUCCUGUGGGGACCGGGGGCCCCCAAACGCUUGGCUGGAAUAA